GUGACGUCACGGCCGCCGGCGGUGGCGGCGGCGGCGGGCGCGCGCGCACAGGGCCGCGGCCGGGCCCGAGCCGCGCGCCCUCCUGCAAGGCCGGCUCGGGUGCGCGCGCGCGGCCCGCCAGGCCACGCGCCGCGGCGGUGCGCGGGACCCCCGAGUUUCGCCUCUGCGGCCUCGGUGGACCGACCUGCUGGAGGCCGACGUCAGGGGGCGCCCAGGAGCCGGGGCGACCCGGGCUCCCUCCUCCCCGAGCCCGCCCGGAGGCCGGGGCUCGGAGGAUGCGGCAGGGAGCAGAUCUGGCUGCACGCAGAAGAGCAGCACCUACGUGGGCGCUCCUGCCUCCACCGGUUUCAGAAAGCCUUCCCUGACGAAUUGGGAAAAUGCAGAAGAUCUUGCAGGCAGAUGAAGUUACGGAUAACCACGUCCUUAGAAAAAGAAAGAGGAAACGGACGGAGACUGCCAACUCAGAAAAUGCAAAUAGUGUGGUGGAUAAAGUACAGGUUGGUUUUCUGUUGCUUUGAUUUCAUCUUCCUAACCAGCGAGGCCCACAAUUCCCAACGUUGUUUCCAGAGAGACCCAUACUCGGGAAAUGCCUUCCUGCCUGGCGAGAGCUCCAGUGAGGAUGAGACGCCCUUGGCAGAACUGUCCAAAGAGGAGCUCUGUACCAAAGUCAGAAACCUGAGAGCAAAGCUGACGAACACCCGGAAGGAGAACGGCCGGCUCAGACAGUCUCUGGUCACGCUGCAAGUGUUACCUCAGGCAGUCACCCAGUUUGAAGAGCUGGUUGGAAUGGCAGAGACCCUGCUUAAGGGUGGAGGAGCCUCAUCCACACCUGCGUCCACUCUCUGGCGAGCAACAAACAACUCCUCCCCAGAUUCCUUUGCCUCUCUAUGCAGUAAUUCCAACUCUAGUUCCAGCUCCCCAAGCUCCCUGAAGGCUGAGGAAGAGCCGAAUCCUGGUGAGAAGCAGUUCAAGAUUGAAAAAUGGCAGAUUGCCCGUUGUAAUAAGAGCAAGCCUCAGAAAUUUAUUAAUGAUUUAAUGCAAGUCCUUUACACAAAUGAAUACAUGGCCACACACAGUCUGACUGGGGCAAAAUCCUCUACAUCAAGGGACAAAGUUGUAAAACCAGCUAUGAAUCAGAAUGAAGUUCAAGAAAUCAUAGGAGUGACGAAGCAGGUGUUCCCCAGCGCUGAUGAUGCGUCAGUUAGAAGGAUGAUAGGACAAAAGCUGAAUAACUGCACCAAAAAGCCGAAUGUGAGCAAAGCUCAGCUCUCGGGAUGUUAAGUAGAUGCUGCCGGUAUCUUAAAAUAAAGCAUGUUUGGUUUUACGUCGAACAUUGGAUUUGCUGGUGAUUCUGAGACAUGUCAAAGACUGGAUGAAUAGCAUCUUGUAGUAGCCAUGGCUUUCCUGGUGGAGCGACACACUGGCUGAGGAAGCUGCAUGCAGAGCUCCUGCUAAUCGCCAGUGAUGCAUCGAACCAGAGAACGUCUGCCAGACAAGCAUGCAAUAUGGUUUCUUUGGAAAUAUGCAUUUUUUUUCACAGCCCCAAAUACUUCCCUGUGGAACUAACUUAGGAUAAUAUCAGCUCUUAUCACAGCAACAAAAACAUCAUGCCUCCAGUCAGUCAUGGUCCUCAACAAACAUUAUGCAUAAUUAUUAUCAGUGGCUCCCCAUUAUGGUUUUUCUUUUUCGGGGGGAGGGAUUUAUCAAGCACAUGUUUGGUAAAAAUGCAAUGGAAAUGAUGCACGUCUACAAAUACAAAAGGAACAAAGUGAGCCUAAGCAGCGAUAACCAUGCCUAGCCAAGUAAUGGUGACUUAACAAUAAAGUGACGAGGUUAUUUUGUGAUCUAAAGAUGUGUGCAAUAGGAUUAUGGAAAAAAAAAAAACACACCUAAAACAUAAAGGUCUUUUCAAUAUUCAACUAUCCCAACACGCUCUUAAAAGCCUAAAGUCCCGUUUUUGUUUGUUAAUUCGAGGCACUGAUAUUUCUAACAGUCUCUGGUGAAGGAGACAAACCUCUCAGUAUCCAUUGUCCAAAGCAAGCAUCCCAGACUCAGAUGUGCAAUAAACAUAUCACCUAGAGUGCACGUGGGACACAACAUCAUGUUUGAUCAGCUGUGAUGCUAAACUGCUUGAUUUUAACGUGUUUAUUUCUACUGUAGCAGAAGAAAAAAAUAAUUGAAAAAAAUGGUGGUUUAAUAAUGGUCCAGAAAAUGCCAUUUUGUAAAUCAACAAAAGAUAAACUAUUAUUCAAAGACUUUUCACUUGAUAGAAGAUCACCUAACUACUUUGCAAUAUGAAACUAUGCCUUUUUCUUCUCUCUCUCUCUCUCUCUCUCCCUCUCCCUUUCUCUCUCUCUUUCUGUCUUUCUGAAACAGGGUUUCUCUAUGUAACCCUGGUUGUCUGGAAUAAACUCUGUAGAUCAUGCUGGCCCCAAACUCAGAGAUCCACCUGCCUUUGCCUCAACAGAGCUGGGAUUAAAGGUGUGUACCACCAUGCCCGUGAAGUUACGCUUUUUGAGUGUGUAAAGUGUUGGUGAAGCUUGUAAAGAGGGGGUUUCUAAAGUGCAGUGAAGCCAGGGAGUACUCUCUAAAGUUUGCUUGAUAUAACAAUGCACUUGUACAAAACAAAUAAUCUCAAUGAAUUAUGCAACAUUUGCUACUUUUAAUUAAAUAAAGUCUAACUCCAUUGAAAACCAA